AACAAAUAAUUAAAACCAGAAAACAAGGAGUAACCUUGAGCAAAGUCCAGCAAAAUGACCUCCCUGCCUUGGUGCCAGCCUGGGAAUGGAUGUUACGUGCAAAAUGUAAAGUUAAGAAUGCUGAAUUAAUGUUGGACCUGAAUGCUCUGAAGCAUCUUGGCCAGAAGAUGAAGUUGUGACCCGCUUUGUGUGCUGCCGAAGCUCUGCAGUGAUUGCUCAACCCAGAACCCAAUAGCUCUAAAUGGGUCCAGUCACUGGAAUGACUCCGGAUAAGAAAGCUGAAACGCCAGGAGCGGAAAAAGCUGCAGGACUACGGCAGUGUCAUGGAAUGGGAAGCUUGCCUGACGCCGGCCACGCCGGCAGGCCCAAGGCCACCGUGGUGGGCAGAGAUUCGGCGGACGACGAGCUCACCAACUUGAACUGGCUGCACGAGAGCACUAACCUGCUAACCAACUUCAGCCUGGGCAGCGAGGGCCUGCCCAUUGUCAGCCCCUUGUACGACAUCGAGGGCGACAGCGUGCCCUCCUUCUCGCCCUCCUGCUAUCCAAACCCCGAAAAGAAAUGCUCCACUUCCAAGCCCCCCUACUCCUUCAGCCUUCUCAUCUACAUGGCCAUCGAGCACUCCCCCAACAAGAGCUUGCCUGUCAAAGAAAUCUACAGCUGGAUCCUGGAGCGUUUCCCCUACUUCGCCACAGCACCCACUGGCUGGAAGAACUCGGUCCGGCACAACCUGUCCUUGAACAAGUGCUUCCGGAAAGUGGAGCGGAGCCAUGGCAAGGUGAAUGGAAAAGGGUCUUUGUGGUGUGUUGACCCAGAAUACAAACCUAAUCUUGUCCAAGCACUGAAGAAGCAGCCUUCUCCCUCAGCACUUGCCUUGUACACUCCGCCGGCGUCACCACCAAGUAGGUCAACAUCCCCUCACUACCUGACUUCAGUUCUCCAGCAGAAUUACCACCGAUCUUUCAAAGAAUCUGAUAUCGAUGCUGCUACUGCAAUGAUGCUGUUAAACACUUCCAUUCAACAAGGGAUGCUGAGCUGUGAGAAACCUCAGCCUCUGAAGACCCCUAAGAAGAGGAGUUACGGCAGCGCGUUCAACCCUCCCAGCUCCGUGAAUCUGCAGGAAAAUGAUCCUAUGGCCAUCAACAUCGACCCGAAGGAGGAUCACAACUACAGUGCCAGCAGCCUGGGCUCCCAGCGCUGUGCCUCCCGGUCCAGCAUGUCUUCCUUGUCCUCCCUCGACGAGGUGUACGAAUUCAUCUCCAAGACCAGCCACGACGGCAGCGACGGCAGCGAAGGCUUCCACAGCGAGGUGGAUACAGAUGUUGACUACGAAGACGAUCCUCUUGGAGACAGUGGCUAUGCAUCACAACCUCGUGGAGAUACCUCUAAGGAGAGUCAGCCUAGCAGCAAAGCACUCAAGGAGCUGUGUCAAGAAAUUGAUGAGGAGUUGAAAGAAGCAGCGGGGUCUCUGCUGCACCUUGCUGGCAUCCAAACGUGCUUGAGUUCCUUAAUAUGUACUGCCAAGAGCCACUGUCACAAGCAGAGGAAGAAAUAGGCUGUCUUGUCAGUGUUGAAUAUACACAUAUAUUUUUUUUAAUUGUGGCAAUACUUCUUCUACUUUUUUACCCUUCACAAGGGGGAGAUCAAAGCCAUAAGAGGACUCAUUGCUUGCUUUCUUUUUUGUUUGCUUUGGUUUUAUGUUUGGGGGGCACUGACUAUAAUUUAGCCAUUUAUUUUUUUUCAAUCACUGCCUAAAAGAAAAAAGUAAGAGAA